AUGGCCAGCGCUGUUUGCAUCGCUAGACAAGACGCACCGGGCUCUGAACCUGCCAUCAGACCGGCUGUGGAAUCUCACAUAAAGCGCAAAUUGUGCAUUGAGGAGGUGGCGAAAAUCGUUGCAGUGCGACCCGAGGGCAUUAACUUCAACUACGUCGACAAAUCUACACUCGAGUUAGAUAUAAAGGCAUCAGAGCGCAAAGAUGACUCUUUCAAGCUGUUUAGUAAGAGAAAAGAGCAGCAAGUUGCCCCCGAUGCAUCUGUUGGCGGUUGGACUGACGGCGAAUCCUUGGGCACUGCUGCGGCGGAGGAGUACGAGGUCUUGUUUUUUGAGUUUAUUGACGGAGAUCUGAAGAGACAAGUCCCCGACAAGAAGACGGGCGAGCCGACCAAUCCCCAGCGGAGGUUGCGGGAUGAGAAGCUGCAGAUGCCUGUGUUUGGCCAGGGACAGAUGGCGAAGCUCAUUGAGCGUCGAAAUCAGCGAUUCACAAACGCCGUCAACACUUUCUUGAAAAAUUGCGAAAACGAAAAGAUUGAUCCUUGUAUGGCACUGGAGGGAUUGGCCGAGUCGUUUGUGCCAAAACCGAGUGAGGUCGAGGACGAUGACAUUGUUGUCAGCACAAUUCCCGCCACCAUCCCAAAGGAACGCAAAUCCAUACCCGAAAUUGUGCAAGAAAUACGAGGAAGUCCAUGGUAUACUGGCCAAAUUGUGCCCGACGGCCAUAGGGUUUUUGAUCCGCAGCCCCCUGUUCACGGAGACUUGGAAUUUCUUCUGACACAAAACAUCGUCAACGCCGUGUACAAUGCCAAAGGCAUCACAUCCUUUUACGCCCACCAGGCUGAGGCGCUCAAUGCUCUGUACGAGGGCAAAAACGUGGUUGUCGCAACAUCUACGAGUUCUGGCAAGUCGCUAAUCUACCAGCUGCCCGUGCUGUACGCCCUGGAACAGGACUUUGAGUCGCGGGCCAUGUACAUCUUUCCCACCAAAGCACUGGCACAGGAUCAGCGACGCAGCUUGAAGGACAUGAUGGCGUAUAUGCCCGGCCUCGAGGGCACCGUUGUAGAAACGUUUGAUGGCGACACGCCGUUCAGCUCGAGGAAUGCCAUACGUGAACAAGCGAGAAUCAUCUUUACCAACCCCGACAUGCUGCACAUUACUAUACUACCACAAGAAGAGAAGUGGAGGACAUUCCUAAAAAACUUGAAAUAUGUUGUCGUUGAUGAGCUGCACUACUACAACGGACGACUGCUGGGGAUCGUCUCGACAACGGCACUGGAACUCGGCAUCGAUAUUGGAACGCUGGAUUGUGUCAUGACGUGGGGGUUUCCUUAUACCAUUGCCAAUCUGCGCCAGCAGAGCGGACGUGCUGGUCGGAGAAACAAAGAUUCGCUGUCUAUUUUGCUUGGUGACAGCUUCGCCACAGACCAGCAUUAUAUGCAGAAUCCAGAGGAGCUCUUCUCUAAACCGACGGCGGAGUUGCAGCUUGACCUGGAUAAUAUGCUCGUGCGCGAAGGGCAUAUACAGUGUGCCGCUUUCGAAAUGCCGAUUCGACCAGAAUACGACACAAAGUAUUUUGGUCAAGACCUGCCCCGAAUUUGCGAGGAAAGGCUUGUCGUAGAUGACAUGGGAUACUACCACUGCCAUGAUCGUUUCCGACCGAAACCGUCCAAAUAUGUGGCCAUUCGAGAUACCGAGGACGAACAUUUUGCCGUAAUCGACAUUACGCAUGGCAAAAAUACAGUCUUGGAAGAGCUGGAAGCGUCCCGCGCGACCUUUACGAUCUACGAUGGUGGUAUAUUUCUUCACCAAGGUCGGACGUACAUUGUCCGCGACUUCUUGCCCGACAAACGAAUGGCCAAAGUGGAACGAGUCAAAGUCGACUGGCUAACAUCCCAGCGGGACUAUACCGAUAUUGAUCCUGUUGAAACGGAAGCUAUGCGCGAGAUUGGCUCAUCUGGAAUCUUGGCCUAUCACGGUACCAUUAAGAUUUUCCAAAAGGUGUUUGGGUUCUUCAAGGUAGACUCCAAAGGGCGAGUCCUCGAUGCCGUCCACGUGGACAAUCCCCCAAUCACUCGAUACUCCAAAGGCAUGUGGCUCGACAUACCCAAAAUCGCGCUGGAUGUUCUGAACAGCCACCAGAUCAAUGCAGCAGCGUCCAUUCACGCCGCGCAGCACUGCGUCAUGAGCCUGCUGCCGACCUUUGUCAUUAGCGCACCCGAAGACGUGCGAACCGAAUGCAAGGUUGCGCUCAAGGAGUUUGCCAAAGGAGAGACGACCAGGAAGCGGCCUGGACGAUUGACAUUCUACGAUGCCAAGGGGGGCGCCAACGGCUCGGGGAUCAGCACCAAGGCCUUUGAGCACAUUGACCAUUUGCUGCAGCUCGCGCUACAGCGCGUCGAGUCGUGCCCGUGCUUGCAUGGCUGCAUCGAGUGCGUGGCCUCGGAGCUGUGCAAGGACUCGGGCGAGGUGAUGAGCAAGGCGGGCUCGCGCGUUAUCAUCCAGGCGCUGCUUGGCAUCGAGAUUGACGUGGAGGGCCUAGGUCAGGGCCAGGAGCUGAUCCCUGCAGGCAUCGAGACUGUCACUGUGGCUCAGCCGGUGCCCAUGAGGCGGCGCCGAGAGAGCAAUAAUGACGAGUCUCUGCAGCAGGAACAGGAAAGAAGCUGGAAAGAAAAUGAUGAGCGCCACAUGGGUGGCUUUGAACGAGGCUAA